CGUUCCUCGAUGUAUGUCAAGGCACAAAGUGGCGCUAUAUCGUUUCAACCUCUACUCAGGUGGUAGCAGCCUAAAUGAUGGACGGGGAACACCAGGAAGAGAAUCCUUCACAUGAGAAAGAAAAUGCUCUACACAAUGAAGAGAAGACUUCAUGUGAUGUGGUGAAGACUUUAUGUGACAUGGAGAGAGCUUUAUGUGACAUAAAGAAGAGUGCUGAAGAGAGCAGUUCAAGUAAUGACGAGAUCAGUUCAGAUGAUGAGGUUGGACAAAGACUGGAUUCAAAAGUCCCAAGUGGCUCAGAGCCUCUUCUAUCUAAUGCAGAACACCCCUGCGAUAAUAAUGAAUCUGAGCUGUUGCCCCAAAAAAUCUCCCGAGUUAAAAAACCUCAACGCAAGAAAUUCGCGCCACGGAAAGGUACAAGGUCAAGCUUACGUUCUAGCACAAAAAUGACAGUCAGCACAUGUAGUAUGACAGAUGAUGGUAAAAGAAAAUGGGACAAAAAGCACUUCUGCCUGUAUUGCAAUGAACCACACCACAAAAUUUCAAGACAUUUAGAAAGGAUGCACGCAGAAGAAGCAGCUGUCGCUCAUGCUAUGAGCUUCCCCAAACUCUCCAAAAUCAGGUCUCUUUUGCUUGACCAACUCCGUAACAAAGGCAACUAUCAAGUUCUUCAAAGUGGAGAUGGUGAAAUUGUGACUAAGGAUAGACCCUCUUACGAUGGUGUUUCUGUGCGUGACUGCCUGCCCUGCCAACACUGCUUAGCUUUUUUCAACAAAAUAGAUUUAUGGAAGCAUGAGGGCUCAUGUAAAGCCAGAAAAGGACAAGAGGAAAAGAGGGGAGGAAAAAGAGUGCGGGUCCAGGCUGCGUCCUCUCGACUUCUUCCAUUGCCUGUCUAUUCUACUGGAGGAUGUGAAGAAAUAAUACACAAUAUGAAUCAAGAUGACAUCUUAUGCCACAUCAAAAAUGAUCCCCUGAUAUGUAAAUAUGGCAAUGCACUAUCUGCAAAGCAUGGCCAUGCCAAGUCACAGUUUACAUACAUUGGAUCAAAAAUGAGGGAAUUGGCUAGAUUUGUACUUACUGUAAAUGAGAUGGAUUGUGGUGUCCAAUAUCUGCAUGAAGUAUGUGUACCAUCCAAAUUCAAAUUGGCUGUUCAUGCUGCCAGGAAAAUGAGUGGURWUGARCCUYCCUCRGACAGGUACAAGACCCKAUCUCUUSCUUUAAAGAUUGGCUAUUCCUUGAAAAGAGCUACUGAAAUAGCUUUUGGYGAGAGUCGUAUGACAGAGGACCGUGAGGCAGAGGAWCAAGCCAAAAGGGACAUAUCCAACAGGGACAGAUUCUGCAAGGACAUAUCCUUCUGGCACAUAUCCCACUGGGUCAUCAUAUCCUACAGGGACAUAUUCAGCGAAGUCAUAUACUGUAGGGUCACAGCCUUUAAGGUCAUAUCAUGCUGGGACAUAUCCUUCGAAGUCAUAUCCUUCAGGAUCACAUUCUCCGAGGUCAUAUUCUGCGGGGACAGAUUCUGCGAGGGCAUAUCCUGCCGGGAUAAAUCCCGCUAG